AUGGCCUCCCCACUCGAACAGUACGAACCUGGAGAUGUCAUUGGGAAUGGCUCGUUUGGAAUCAUCCGCAAGGUCCGUCGGACAGCUGACAGUCUCACGUUUGCCCGCAAGGAACUCAACUUUGAGCGCAUGUCUGAGCGGGAUCGGAAGCAGAUCGUGGCCGAAGUAAAUAUCCUUAAGGACCUCCAUCAUGAACACAUUGUACGCUACCACGACCGCUAUGUUGACCGCGACGCCGGAAUUCUUUACAUCCUCAUGGAGUACUGCGGAGGCGGCGACCUCUCCUCCGUCAUCAAACAAGCCCAGCGACACAACCGCCUCAUCCCCGAAGACACUGUCUGGAACUAUUUCAUGCAACUCCUCCUCGCCCUCAACUAUUGCCACCACCCCAACAAUGCCCAUGGCCGGACAAGUAGUGUGGGGAUCGAGUGUGAUAACAAGGACCGGCGAGCGCAAAUUCUUCAUCGAGACCUGAAGCCUGAUAAUGUAUUCCUGGACGAGAACAAUAACGUAAAGCUCGGCGAUUUCGGCCUCUCAAAAGCCCUCUCACAAGCAAGCUUUGCGAACACUUAUGUUGGAACUCCCUACUACAUGUCCCCCGAGCUCAUGCAAGAGAAAGCAUACGACUCCAAGUCGGACAUCUGGUCAUUAGGGUGUCUGAUCUACGAGCUCUGCGCGUUGAAGCCGCCAUUCCACGAGGCGAAGACGCAUGCGGAACUCAGUAUCCUCAUCCGCAAUGGACGGAUACCUCCACUGCCCAAGGGGUACAGCCCAGCAAUGACUGCGGUCAUUAAGCAGAUGCUCAACCUCAACCCUGCUAUGCGUCCGUCUGCGAGCCAACUCCUCCAACAUGAGCGCAUCGAUCUUGCCAACAAGGUCUUUGAGACCCAAAAGAUGCUGAACACGGUCAAGGCGCACAAGAGCGGCCUUCUCUCCAAGGAACGCGACCUUGCCGCAAAGGAGGCACUUCUUGCUGAACGCGAGGCGAAGAUGGUCGCAGUCAUCGCACAGAAGGAUGAAGAGCUUGUCAGCCUGCGCAACGUCAUCGCGAACGCGGAAACCACGUUGCACCAGCGCAUCCGGGCCGCCAUCGUUCGGCGAGAGGAAGAGCUCCGCGCAAUGGCGGUGAAGAAGGAGGAGGAGGUCGCCUCGCGGAUGGCGCUGCGCGAGCAGGAGAUCAUGGAGGCCGUCCGGCGCCGCGAAGAGGAGAUGUCACGUAUGUGGACGGAGUGGGAGCGACAGACGAGGGAGGGCAUGGCACGCGCUGUCGAGGAGCGCAUGCAAUGGGUCCAAGAGCGUGCGGACGAGCUCGAGCGGGAACGGGAGCGGCUCGCGACCGUAGGGCGCGAGCUUGAGGCGCGCAAGGCAGCUGACGCUGUUCCAGCCAACGAGCGGAGGACAAGAUCGAAGAACCCGCUUGAGGAGGUUAAGAAUAUCAUGGCCCCGUUGAGCCAGCUGGCGGACUCGCCAGAGACCGUCAAGAGUGGACCUCGGCCGUGCAAGCUCCCGGUGUUCGAGACGCCAAUACCCACAAAGUCCCUUAACCUCAACCUGGACGCGCCGCCGCCGUCGGCGAUGAAGGGUGUCAUCUUGACCGCAACCGGGGAGCCCGUCGCGACACCAUCUCCGGCCGAGCUCGCGAAGCUGUUCGUGGACACCCCGAAGGUGGACCUCAAAUUCGCGAAGAUCUUCGACUUUGACGCGGAGGCGAGCGACACCGAUGGCGAGCUCGACGAGGACGGGUACGAAACGGACACGCGUCCUAGCGCAAGCCAGCGUCACGAGCGGCGGAGGAGCGGAAGCCUGAAGAGCGACGGCGAACAUACACCCAAGCAGUCGACGUUCCCCCUCCCGACAUCGUCCUCGUCGGGCUCGGGCUCAAGCUCAGGCUCGACACUCGCUCCCCCGGCGAGGCCCACGAGGCUCCGGCGCCCGUCGAUCCGCGCUGCGUCGUCCUCGGCAGCCCUUCAAGCACGGUCGGCCACUGUUGCUGCAUCCUCCGAGGCCGGCCCCUCGUCGGCGCCCACCGCGCGCGCGAAGUUGCAACGCGCGGCGUCGACUUCGGCCGCCUUCUCGGCCGCCCCGACGUCCGCUGCCGUGGCAGCGGCGACAGCGCUGGGCAAGGCGCCCGCGCCGCAGUACGACCUGGACGACGUGGAGAACCUACCGAGCCCGUUCGUGAAGAAGGUGGAGGAGCGUGCGAUGAAGGCGGAGGUGACGAGCAAGCCGGCGCGGGCAGGGCCGCGGAAGAGCGCGACUGCGACGUUACGGGCGGUGGCCGCGUUGAACUCGGCGAAGGCGAGUUCGCGGGCGGCGUCGGCGGGUGUGGGCUCGAGCGGGACGGUGCGGUCGUCGGUCGCAAAGGCGCGAAUGGCGAGCGAGGAGGCGCGGCAGGCGUUGCAGGGCCGGGCGCGGUCGUGA